AAUUUCUUAAAGCGGAAAGGGCAACGGAAGUGACGACGUUGACGACCAGAAAACAAACCGUCGUUAAGCUAGCUCUCAGGCGUGAGGAAGCGAGGAUAAAGAUGUUCAAGAAUACUUUCCAGAGCGGAUUCUUAUCGAUUCUUUACAGCAUCGGAAGCAAACCGCUUCAAAUAUGGGAUAAAAAAGUGAGAAACGGACACAUCAAGAAGGUUCUGGACAACGACAUCCACUCACAUGUGCUGGAAAUCGAGGGAGCAAAUGUUUGCACCACCUACAUCACGUGUCCCGCAGACCCAAAGAAGACUCUGGGCAUCAAACUCCCCUUCCUGGUCAUGAUCAUUAAAAACCUGAAGAAGUAUUUCUCCUUUGAAGUCCAGGUUCUAGAUGAUAAGAACGUCCGGCGGCGGUUCCGAGCCAGUAACUACCAGAGCACGACCCGGGUGAAGCCGUUCAUCUGCACCAUGCCCAUGAGGCUGGACGACGGCUGGAACCAGAUCCAGUUCAACCUGUCAGAUUUCACCAGAAGAGCCUACGGAACCAACUAUUCCGAGACACUGCGAGUCCAGAUUCACGCCAACUGUCGCAUCCGGAGGGUUUACUUCUCUGACAGACUGUACUCGGAGGACGAGCUCCCGGCAGAGUUCAAACUCUACCUGCCCGUCCAGAACCAGAAGGCCAAACAGUAGAUCCUGAUGAGCGUCAGAGGAUGCUGAGUGGCUGUGUUCUGGAAGUUCCUCCUUCACUUUAGGUUCUUAAAAGAUUCUGUUUCAAUAAAAUCUUCUGCUUCUCACA